GUGUGUGUAUAUACAGCCGGGUAAUUUGUGCUCGAGCAGAUGUAGCUAAUUUUCGAGUGCGUCGUCCUCCAGCUGGACAACAUCAGGAUGUCUGCGGAAAUAUUGGAGAAAAAGAAGACGAUAGACCUGAGGAAGAAGCACGUAGGGCCAUCUUGUAAGAUUUUCUUCAGCCAUGACCCGAUCAAGAUUGUGCGAGCCAGAGGCCAGUACAUGUAUGAUGAAAGGGGACAGCGCUACUUGGAUUGCAUCAACAACGUGGCUCACGUGGGCCACUGUCACCCGGAUGUGGUGAAGGCAGGAGCUCAGCAGAUGGAACUACUCAACACCAACUCGCGUUUCUUGCACGACAAUCUUGUGCUGUAUGCCCAGAGGCUGCAAGCCACACUGCCUGACAAGCUGUCUGUGUGCUACUUUGUCAACUCUGGCUCCGAAGCCAACGACCUGGCCCUCCGACUAGCAUGGCAGUACACAGGCCACAAAGAUAUCAUCACGUUGGAAAAUGCGUAUCACGGCCAUGUCUCAUCGCUCAUUGACAUCAGUCCUUAUAAGUUCCACCACCUGUCAGAUGCUGAGCGGAAUCCAUCUGUCCAUGUGGCUCCUAGCCCAGAUGUGUACAGAGGCAAAUACAGAGCGGACCACCCUGAUCCUGCAACAGCGUAUGCAGAUGAAGUCAAAGAUAUGAUACACAAAGUCCAUGAAAAAGGAGGCAAGAUUGCUGCUUUUAUUGCUGAGUCACUGCAGAGUUGUGGCGGGCAGGUCAUUCCCCCCCUGGGCUACUUCCAGCAAGUGGCAGAACAUGUCCACAAAGCAGGGGGCAUUUUCAUCGCUGAUGAAGUCCAAGUGGGCUUUGGGCGCAUUGGCACCCACUUCUGGGCCUUCCAGCUUCAGGGACAGGACUUUGUGCCGGACAUUGUCACCAUGGGAAAGCCUAUUGGCAACGGCCACCCCUUGUCAUGUGUGGUCACGACCAGAGAGGUGGCAGAGGCCUUCAUGUCAUCGGGAAUGGAGUAUUUUAAUACAUUUGGCGGUAACCCAGUGUCGUGUGCCAUCGGUCUGUCUGUCCUAGACGUGAUUGUGAAAGAGGAUCUCCAGGGUAAUGCCCUGCGUGUGGGGCGAUACCUGACCAAUCUGCUGGAAAAGCAGAAGGAGAAGCAUCCACUGGUUGGUGAUAUCAGGGGGCGUGGCCUCUUUGCUGGGAUGGAGCUUGUGAAGGACAGGUUGAAGCUCACUCCAGCUACAGCAGAAGCCCAAGAAGUCAUAUAUAAGCUAAAGGAACAGUACAUCCUCCUUAGUGCUGACGGACCUCAUCGCAAUGUGCUCAAGUUCAAGCCUCCCAUGUGCUUCACUACAGAAGACGCUGACCUGGUGGUGGGGAAAAUCGACCACAUUCUCACAGAGCUUGAGGAAGCACUGGGCAUGAAGUUGAACAACACACUGAGUGUAGAGAAUGAAAGCAGUAAAAGAAAGCUGCCGGCUGAUGAAAAUGGACACCAGUAUCACAGUGGGUUAGAACACAACAAAGGGAGCAGUCGAGGAGCUCCUCAACAAACCAAACGCCUCAGGACAUAACGCUGCCUCCGAACAGUCAGAGCUGUGACGUAACAACACUUACGCUUUCACAUAGUUAAAGAACUGGGAUCAGACACUAUAAAGACAAAAAAAAAGUGCCUUUACAUGUAACCUAAUGAAAAGUGUUUUUACAUUAAUAACGAUAGACUGUAUAUCUCUGAGAUAGCAGUGUCUUCUCAGGUAUUUUAAUUUCUGCCAACAUUAACUUGACCAUGAUUUUCAGGGAAUUUAAAUGUUAAUAAAUCAAAUGGUAUUAUGUUAAAACAUUCAAUUGUUUUCAUUGCUUAUAAACGUAUCCCAGCAGUUUGUGGUUAAUAGUAUGUUUUCAAGUUUGACUUUCUGUCAUUGAAGGUUUGUACUUAAAUGGAAAGAAAUAAGAAGAUGAAUAUCUUGUGGACAAUUUCAAGAGCCACUGAUAAAUGAUAAGAUGAAUGAAGAGGGGAAAUGAAGGAAAAUAUUUGUUGGGUAACACUUUACUUGAAGGUAUCUACGUGACACUGUCAUGAACUUGUUAUAAUCAUUAUGUACAUGUCAUAAACGUUUAUGACUGAUGUCAUUAAGUGUCAUUCGGUUUUUGUAAUGACAAGUUGACAUUGUUUGGGUUGUCUUGAUUAUGACAACUUGACAUAAAGUGACAUUAGCAGAAGUUGUCUUUGUCAUGACAAGUUGACAUUAAAUUUGUUUGGGAUGUCCUGGGAUAAGAUAAGAUAAGAUAAGAUACACCUUUAUUGAUCCCAUAACUGAGAAAUUCCAGAUGUCCUUAUAAUGACAGCUUGACAUUAACAUAAAGACAUCCUCUGGUAAUGUCAUGCUGGUUAAUGUCAACUUGUCAUAAUAAGGACAUCCCAAACAAAUUUAAUGUCAGCUUGUCAUGACAAAGACAACUUCUGGUAAUGUCACUUUGAUUAAUGUCAUGUUGUCAUAAUCAAGACCACCCAAACAAUCUCGUGAACAUGAUAUCACAGGAACGCCACAAGGGAAUUCACUCAAAUUUGGGACCAAUGUCCACUGGGACUCAGAGAUGAACUGAGCAGAUUUUGGCGGUCAAAUGUCAGUGUGACCUCGCAACACAUGUUUUUGGCCAUAGCUCAAGAAUUCAAACGCCCACUGACAAAAUUUCACACUAAUGUCUAACAGGAUAAAAUGAAGUGAUUGAUUUUAUAUCAAAAAGUUAAAAGGUAAACUUCAGUGUGAUAUUAUAAUGUUUUCUGUCCAUUAUUGAAAGCCGUAUCUCAGGAACAGAAGGGGAGACAUUUGGUCACAUACUGAAUUGGUAGGUUGAAGAUGUGUGUGAAGCAUCAGUAUUUAAGAAUUUGUGGGGGGUUUUCAGCAUCAUCCAUAUUUUAAGUAUCGUCUACCGUCAUAUGGGUGUGGACAGACAUGGAUGUAAACUGUAACUUGACUGGUUGGUGGAUGGAAACAACCGUAAGGCAGUAAUUAUAGUUUUGUAGAUCCAGUUUAUACUUCCUGAUUGCAUUAGGCAUUGAUUAACAAUCAGUCUUUGCCAUAUGUUUUAUCUGUGGAGAAUCUGAUGCACAGUAUUAGGACUAAGGGAACUACAGCUGUGAACUGCAUUUCCCAUGUGUAUCUGCAUGACAGCACAGGUGUGCUUAAUUUGAUGUCAUUAUAAGCUCUGGGAUUUCCUUAUGUCAAAGAUUUGAUUUAUUGUCUAGCGAACAACAGCGACCAUUAAAUUCUUGCAUUGGACUCAAA